UCCUGCACAGCAAGAAGCAAAAGCCACUGGGAACAUGGCCGGAAAUGGCGACAAGAGCGCCUCUCCUACGGCGGCCCCCGACACGAUGCCAGGCGCUUCCGAGAAGCCUGAGGCUGGCCAGUUCGAGAAGUCUAGCAAAGAGCCUGUUGAGGGCGAGACGGAGCGGACAGGCGCCGAGGCCUACUACCGCAACUUCCAGCCCAUCGCUGACCUUAAUCUUCCCGACUGGCAGGAGACGGAGCGCAAGUUGGUGCGGGUGCUGGACUGGACGCUGCUCCCGACCGUGUGGAUUCUUUACCUCAACAACUACCUUGACAGGACCAACAUCGCGCAGGCGCGUCUGAACACGUUCGACGAAGAUCUCAACCUGGGUGGCGAUGACUACAACAAUGCGGUGGCCGUGUUGACAAUCGGCUACAUGCUGGCCCAGCUGCCAUCCAACAUGCUCCUGACGCGCGUGCGCCCUGGCAUCUACCUCCCGGUGACCGCCAUCGUCUGGUCGGCCGUCUCGGCGGCCACUGCGGGCGUCAAGAACUCGACCGAGCUCAUCGUGGUCCGCUUCUUUCUCGGAAUCCUGGAGGCUCCCCUGUUCCCCGGCUCUGUCUACCUCCUGAACUGUUGGUACACGCGCAAGGAGAUCGCUCUCCGCACCGCCAUCCUAUACUCGGGGCUCGUGCUCGCGCAGGCCUUGUCGGGCGUGCUGGCCGCUGGCAUCUUCUCGGGGAUGGACGGGACCGCAGGCCUGGCUGGAUGGCAGUGGCUCUUCGUCGUCGAGGCCCUGAUGAGCACCGUGUGCGGGGUCGGGGCGUUCUGGACGCUGCCCGACUACCCGCACUCCAAGACGGGGGCGCAGAGGUACGUCAUGACCGAGGACAUGCGGCGGCUCGCCGAGGCGCGCAUCGUGGCCGACCGCGUCACGGGGGCCGGGGGCACCGGCAAGGUGUGGCACGGCGUCAAGCUGGCGGCGCUGGACCCCAUCACGUGGUGCUUCAUCUUCCUCAACAUCUUCAUGACGGGCUCGUACGGCUUCAACUUCUUCUUCCCCACGCUCGUGCGCGGACUGGGCAUCGGCAACAACACGACGUCGCUGCUGCUCACGUCGCCGCCGUACCUGCUGGGCGCGGCCUGCUCCUUCUUCGCGUCGUGGAACUCGGACCGGACGCCCGAGCGCGGCUACCACAUCUGCGUGGGCCUCGGGGCGGCCGCCGUCGGCUACGUCAUCACCAUCUCGACGCCCAACGUGGCGGCGCGCUACGCGGCCUCGUUCCUGUUCGCGCCGGGCUCCUUCUCGGCCAACGCGCUCGUCUACACGUGGGCCGUGUCGACGCUGAGCACGACGCCCGAGAAGCGCGCGGCGGCCGGCGCCAUCGUCAACAUCUUUGGUCACCUCGGCAACAUCGUGUCGCCCUACUUCUUCCGCCCCGAGGAGCAGCCCGUGUACCGGCUGGCGUUUGUGCUCAUGCUCGUCUUUGGCGCCACCGCCUUCGCCAUCGCCAUCAGCACCAAGAUGUACCUCAAGUGGCAAAACAGCAAGCUCAGGAGGCGGGCAGACCAGACGGGCGAGAUCUACAACCCGUACAUUCUGUGAUUGGGGCCAUGUGGUUGUGGCGUUCGUGUUAAUGAAAGGGCCAGAAGCUUUUGGGGGGGUGUGGCUUCGUUUCACACGAUUCGGGAUCAAUUUUGCUCGUUUUGGAGAGAGCAUGUACGUACGCAGCCACGAUGGUAAGCUGGCGUUACUGGCAGGACACGCUCACACGCUCUCUCAAGUCAGGCCCAUUCCUAAUG